CGGCGUUAAAGUGCAAAUUUUAAAAUUAAACUUGAGGCCACGCUGAAACAAGAACUUUUUCGCGUGUGUUUGGGAGGGAAGCAGACCGGAUUUUUACACAUUGCUAAAUAUUUCUUGCACUUAUUACACGCUUAGUACAAGUCCAAAAAUCAGCAAAAAUGUCUUCUACAGAUAUAAAAAAUGGAAUCAAGCAUUGAACUCGAUGGCGCGCCCGCAACCGGCCUCUCACCAAGCACGAACAAUGUGAUAAAGAAACUCGCCGCAAACACUAAUACCAAUGCAGGCGGCGCAGCAACGCCUGCUGGUCCUGGCGAAGCGAGUGCCAAUGCCGAGGACAUGACUUCGAGGGACUAUUAUUUCGACUCGUAUGCACACUUCGGUAUCCACGAGGAGAUGCUCAAGGAUGAGGUGCGAACGGUAACAUACCGCAAUGCUAUGUACCACAAUAAGCAUCUGUUCCAGGGCAAGACCGUGCUCGAUGUGGGAUGCGGCACUGGCAUUCUGUCCAUGUUUGCUGCCAAGGCGGGAGCAGCCAAAGUGAUUGCGGUGGACUGCUCUAAUAUCAUUGAGUUCGCCCGCCAAGUGAUUAUUGACAACAAUCUGCAGGAUGUAAUCACAGUUGUCAAGGGUAAAAUUGAGGAGGUUGAACUGCCACAUGGAAUCGAGAAAGUGGACAUUAUUAUAUCCGAAUGGAUGGGAUACUGUCUCUUCUACGAGUCCAUGCUGGACACCGUGCUUUAUGCGCGUGACAAGUGGCUUAAACCCACCGGAAUGAUGUUUCCCGAUCGGGGCACACUUUACAUCACCGCCAUUGAAGAUCGUCAGUACAAGGACGAGAAGAUCAAUUGGUGGGAUGACGUGUAUGGCUUCGAUAUGAGCUGUAUUCGUAAAGUGGCUGUGACUGAACCGCUCGUAGAUGUUGUGGAUCCCAAACAAGUGGUAUCCACAGCCUGCAUGGUAAAGGAGGUGGAUCUGUAUACAGUACAAAAGGCAGAUCUCAACUUUUCGUCCACAUUUAAUCUGACCAUUAAGCGUAACGAUUUUGUGCAAGCCUUGGUCACCUAUUUCAACAUUGAGUUUACCAAGUGCCACAAACGUCUGGGGUUCAGCACAUCGCCUGAUUCCACAUACACACAUUGGAAGCAGACGGUAUUCUAUUUGGAUGAUCACGUGACUGCCAAGAAAAACGAAGAGAUCAGUGGCACGUUUCAAAUGAAGCCAAAUGAGCGCAACAACCGCGAUUUGGACUUUGUCAUCGACAUCAAUUUCAAGGGUGAAUUAUCUGAGAUCCAGGAAUCAAAUACAUACCGCAUGCGUUAGGUCUGAUGCCAUUAAUCCAGAAAGUGGCCUUAAUGCUUAAGGCGGCUACUCUUUGCCCUCUUUAGAAAGAGAGCAAUAUACCAUAUAACAAACAAAAGAACAUGAUGACUAGACGUAAGAUGAAAUCCAGUGCGAAAUGUGCAACGAAUUUGUGUUGCGUCUUCUACUAUGUUUAAAGUGUACCUUUUUUAGUAUACAUACAUCAUAUAUAAAAAAUAUUUUUACAAAUUGUGCGCCUGUUUAAAACGAUUAUCCAAGCAUUAUUCUAAGCAUAUUGUACAGUGGCACAACAUCCAAGUCUCUCAUACACCACAUAAUAAAAGUGUGCGACAGACACACCAUUUUACUGGA